UGAUUAGCUGCUCCUGCCAAGAAGGGUGAUGCCAACCAGGCCUUGAAGGUUGUCAAGGCUGUGAAGUCUGGGCCAGGAAAGAAGAAGACCAAGAAGAUUCGCACAUCCGUGACAUUUCACCGCCCCAAGACCCUGAAGAAGGCUAGGGACCCCAAGUACCCAAGAAUCAGCACUACCAGAAGGAACAACCUUGAUCAGUACCAAAUUCUCAAGUAUCCCCUCACCACAGAAUCAGCGAUGAAGAAGAUUGAAGAUAACAACACUCUGGUCUUCAUUGUCGACCUCAAGGCAGACAAGAAGAUCAAGGCUGCUGUCAAGAAGAUGUAUGACAUUCAGGCCAAGAAGGUCAACACCCUGAUCAGGCCUGAUGGAAAGAAGAAGGCUUACGUGAAGCUUCCAUGUAAGCACCCUUCGGAUUUCCCCUCCCUCCCUUCUAUGUCUCUUUCACCAGCUGGAUCCAACCGUCCAUUCCACACUCCCCUGGCCCCUCACCCUCGCUGGUGUCUAGGCAUGGGCGUCGCCUAUGAGACGACUAAGAGUGGUGUCGGCGUCGCCUCCAUGGGCGUCAUGCGCCUCAAGCUUGUCAUGAAGUCCAUCGUCCUCAUCGUCAUGGCCAGAGUCCUCGGCAUCUAUGACCUCAUCAUCGCCGCCAUCAUCUCUGCCGGGAUCAACCCCAAGGCCAAGCCCAAGCCCUACUUCUUAGACGGCUACGCACACCUCUCCUUCGAACUCGCAUGCAGCCUUGCUGGCCUCGUUGCCGGCAUGGCCAUCAGCAUCGUCAGAGACACCAGAGUCAGUGACUGCAUCUAUGUCCUGUGCUGCUCACCUAUGUUCUGGCGUCCCUAG